ACAGUCUCUGUCUGCAGCUCCUGCCUCGUUCGCCUGCUCGCUGUCCGGGGAAUGGUCUGAGAACUGCUGGCCCGGUCUGGUUGCAGCUAUGGGAUACAGGCUCCCUCCAGCAGCAUCGGCCGUCCCAUUACUGAUCCAGCUGCUGCUGCAUGCACCACCACUCUGUGCAAACCCCGAGUCUGGAGUGUCCUUCUUCGGAGAUGGCUACAUGGAGAUGCCCUCAGUGAGCACUUACACGUCUGUCCUGCUCCGUAUGCAAUUCUACACCAGCCAGCAAAACGGACUCCUAUUCCUAGCGGCAGGGCAGACCGACUAUCUCCUGGUAGAACUCCGCGCUGGCAUCCUACAGGCCAGGAUAGGCUUGGGCCCCGAGGAACUGACUGUCAGAACUCCGGCAGGAUUGCAUCUCAGUAACCUUGUGAUCCAUGAUGCUGAUCUCUUGGUGGCAGAGGGGUGGAUGACUUUGCUUGUGGAUGGAGACUUCAAUGCAUCUGUGGAAAUUCCAGGACCAGUGCAAGAACUGAACAUUGACUAUGGCCUCUAUGUUGGUGGAAUGGGGAGCUUGGAACUGCCAUAUCUCACCGGCGUGAGUUCGCCAUUCAGGGGCUGCCUCCACAUGGUGAUCUUCAAUGACCACGAUAUCCUCUCUGCCCUGGCCUCUGGCACCAGCACUCAGAGAUCCCAUGGCAUCCGAGAGGGGUGCAGUGUAGAGUUUUCUGCUGGGCCCGAGGACCCCCUCGGCUUCCUGGGACCAAGCUCAUACAUCGCCUUCCCUGGCUGGAGUGCGCGGAACCAAGGAACCAUUGAGUUUGUGAUCACCACGGACGUCAAGCAAGCCCCUCUCAUCUACCAUUCUGGGCUAGAAAAUGACUUCUUCUACCUGGAAAUUUUUGAUGGGCGCUUGAGAGGGGUGGUGGAGAAGGGAAAUGGCCUCGUGGUGCUCCACAACAAUAUCUACAUCAGUAAUGAGCAGGACCACUACGUCAAAGUUUACAUGGAUGUCCGGAAGUUUGAGAUCCUUGUGGAUUACUAUGCCUCACAGACUUCCAACAAGGGAAUCCACAGUUACCUUGACCUCCAGGGGUCACUGUUUGUGGGAGGCCUGAACGAGAAGGCCGCCAACAGAAUGAGAGAGCGUGGGCUAGCUUUUCUGUCUGGCAACGAGUUCUUCAAUCGUUCCUUUGUUGGCUGCAUGGAAGAUCUGAGAAUAAACCAGGAGAAGAGGAGCCUGCAAGAUGCUCUCAUCACUAGGGACAUCACAGCAGGUUGUGGGAAACUGGACCAGUACUCAGACUAUGAAGUUGCCUAUGAGCAGGAUGAGGCCACCACAAGCUCUCCUCCAGACCAUUGGCAUGGCCCUCUUAUGGAGACCUGUCUCCCUGACCCUAGUCUUCCCCCCAUCUUCACUAACUUCACCAAACUGCUGCACGUCAGUCCCCUGGUUGUUGCUGAAGGAGGCACGGCUUUCCUGGAGUGGAGGCACACCCAGCCCACCAUUGACCUGAGCAGUGCCAACAUCAGGCAAUCUCAAGUUCUCUUCAGUGUCACCGCAGACCCAAGGCAUGGACAGCUGGAACUGGACCUCUCCCGCGUCAGGAACAAAAGGAAGUUCACUCUGUUGGAUAUUGUGAAUCGGAAGGUCAAGUAUGUUCACGAUGGCUCUGAGGGGCCCAUGGACCAGCUGCUGCUGGAGGUGGUCGUCACAGCCAGGGGGGAGGUUCCUGAGUGUUUGUGGCAAGGUCAGAUAUAUUUGCUGCCUAUAAAGAUCAACCCAGUCAACGAUGCUCCUGAAGUGAACUUUCCCCACGGAGACCGCAUGGUCAUUCUGGAGCACACACGCAAGCACCUCACCCCAGAAAUCAUUCAAGCGCUUGAUGAUGACUCCCCUUGCGACAGCUUACGAUUCCAGCUGCUUGGUGGAAAGAGAAUGGAAGAAGGUUAUGUGGAAUAUGACUUCCAUCCUGGAGUCCCAAUUGAGGAAUUUUCCUGUAGGGACCUGGAAGCCGGCCAUGUGGCCUAUGUCCACCAAAAUGGGCCCACGUCAACACUCAUUCUCCAAGUUAAUGAUGGCAUGGUCAUGAGUCCAGUGGCCACCUUGAGGGUGGUUGCUGUGGAACCAGACAUCCAGGUACGCAACAACACAGGUCUCUUUGUCUCACAAGGAGGCGUUGUUCCAGUGACCACAGCCAACCUCUCUGUGGAAACCAAUGCGGUCCAGCAGAAAGUGCCCGUUCUGUAUCGCUUAACUGCGCCCCUGCAGUAUGGUGAGCUCCAAAAGCAAGGAACCGUAGGAGGAGAGUGGAAGAAGGUAGAGUCUUUCUACCAGCAUGAUCUUGAGCAGGGGCACAUCCAAUACUUCAGCACAGAUGACGAACACCGGACAGAAGACAUGAUUGAAAAGCUGCCAUUUACAGUCCAAGUGGGCCAGAAGAUUCUGAGGAACAACACAUUCCUCAUCAGAAUUAAGAGAGCCACAGUCAGGAUGAAGACUCUCAUUCCCCUCCAGAUGAAAAAUGAGAAAGAGAAGAACAUCACCUCUGCUUUAAUGGAGGCGGUUUUAGAGGAGCCAGGUUCCAGCCCAGACUCUUUCCACUAUGUCAUAAUUCAACCACCCCAAAAGGGAAACCUUGAGCUUCGUGGCCUUCGGCUGACAGAGGGCUUUGGCUUUUCUCAGGAGGAUCUGCAAGGACAUCAGCUGCAUUACGCUGCAACCAUCAGAGACUCAAAGGAAACCGAGGAUAGCUUUCAGUUCCGCAUCAUGUCUGGAGAACAUUAUUCCCCCGUAUACACUUACAGAAUAGAGAUUGGGGGAGAUCCAGAUGCCCCCACUCUGACCAACGUUCUUCUGUCCAUUCCAGAGGGAGGCCAGGCCAUCAUUUCCAAAGACCACUUGUUCAUCAAGAGCACAAACAGCAUGAACUACGCGUACGAAGUGAUAGAUGGCCCAACCCAUGGGAAGCUGAUACGGAGAACAUCUGAGGAUUCAUCAUCCAGUGAGGAGGUCAUAACGAGGUUUACCAAUGAAGAUAUUCUCCAAGGCCGCCUUUGGUAUCAGCAUGAUAGUUCCGAGACCCUCGAAGAUGAUAUCCCAUUUGUGGCCAUCAAGCAGGAUGAGGGGAGCUCUGACUUGGAGCCUGAGGAUGUGAGAGGUGUCUUCAGAGUCUCUAUUCAACCCGAGAACAACCAUGCUCCUGUCCAGGUGGGCAACAAGGUCUUUAAUGUGGUGCGUAACGGGCAACGCCUGAUGACCACAGAUGACAUUGCCUUCAUUGAUGAGGAUUCAGGCUUCUCUGAUACACAGCUGGUUUUUGUCCGGAAGGACAUCCUUUUCGGCAGCAUCAUCGCUGCUGAUGACCGGAGUCGCCAGGUGUACCGCUUCACUCAGGAUGACCUGCGGAAGAAGAGAAUCCUCUUUGUCCACUCAGGAGCUGACCGAGGCUGGAUCCAGUUCCAGGUUUCUGAUGGACAGCACCAGGUUGCAGCUCUGCUGGAAGUGCAAGCUUCAGACCCGUACAUCAAAAUCAACAAGCACACCACGAGCUUAGUCAUCCAUCAGGGCAGCCAAGGGACCAUCGAUUCCUCUGUCCUCAGCCUGGAGACCAACAUGGAUAUCCGGAAUGAUGAAGACAUCCUCUUCCGCAUCGUAGCCUCGCCCAAAUGGGGAGUCGUGCUGCGAGGAGGGCAGGAAGUGUCCUCUUUCACCCAGAGGGACCUGCUAGCAGGAGAAGUCCUUUACCAUCACAACGGGAGCAGGAAUACUCAGGAUAGCAUCCAUUUCUCCAUUGAAGCCAACCAGGUCACUGUGGAGGACGUGCUGAAAGUCACCAUAUUUUUAGAUUCCCGUCCUAGCCCUCUGAACAUUGUUCACCAUGAGAGGAUACACAUCCUCCAAGGAGAAGCUGUGGAGAUUAAGAAUGACUAUUUGCUGAUUGAACAUGAAGGCAUCCCUUCCCAGGAGAUCUUCUACACAGUCACUGUCCCUCCCCUCUCAGGAUUCCUGGUAGCCGUGAGCCAUGGCCGGACCACAGGUGAGCCACCGAGUUUGGACCCCGUCCAGACCUUCACCCAGGAGGACAUCAAUGAAGGCAAAAUCCUCUACCUGCAUUCCAGCCCUGAGAUACAGAGCGACCAGUUCACCGUGGACGUCACAGCCAAUGGCGUGGAUCCUCUGGAAGGGCUGGUGGUGGACCUGGAGAUCCUUCCAAUUUCUGUCCCAUUGGAGGUCCACAAUUUCACGGUGACGGAAGGGAGCGCCCAGGUGCUCUCUGUGGACAUCCUGAACAUCCCCAGCACUUACUUCACUGCUCACCAUGUGGAAUUCGUUGUUCUCAAGGCACCCGAGCACGGCGUUCUCCAGAACGCGGAGAGACCUGAAGAGGGCGGACUAAGUGCCUUCUCCUGGGCUGAGGUAGAACAUCGGAGCAUCCAGUACGUGCACGAUGGGAGUGAAACCUUGGCCGACAGAUUCACGGUGCUCGCCAACAUCUCAGAGCUCAACCGGCAGAGCCAGCCCAAGACCGUCUCAGUUAACAUCCUCCCAAGCAACGACGAGGCGCCAGUUCUGGUGGUCAACCUGGGCCUGCAGAUCCAAGAAGGUGGCACAGCAGAAAUUACUCCUGACCUUCUCCGAAGCGAGGAUGAGGACAACCCUCCAGAAGAAGUGGUUUAUUCCAUCAGGACUCCGCUCAAUGGGAAGAUUGUGUUGUCAGCGGGGAACGUCGUCCAGCGGUUCACCCAGGCCCAGAUCAACAACCGGACGGUUCAAUUUGUCCAUGAAGGUCCUCUGGAUGGAGGGUUUUCCUUUGACGUGUCUGAUGGAGAGAACAUGUCGCCUGGACACUUCUUCUCUGUGAAGGCCCAAAAGAAAGUGGUCAUUACUCUGGAGAACAAGCAAGAUCUGACUGUGUGCCCAGGUUCUUCUCAGCCAAUAAGAACCCAGAACCUGAAAGCAAUGACCAAUGACAACGAAGAGGGCCAGUCCUUAUUUUACAUCAUCAAGCAGCCGCCGCGGUUUGGCAAGCUGCUGAACAUCCAGAAGGGCGAGGCUGGUGGAGAACUUCAGAACUUCACCCAGGCAGAGGUGGAUGCUGGAUCAAUAUUCUAUCAGCAUGAAAUGCCAUCAGAGCCUUUUUGGAUCCUUGAGGAUGGUUUCCAGUUCCAAAUUUCUUCUCCCUCCACGAUCACGGACCCAUACGACCUCAGAGCAUCCAUAUCAUUCCAGGCCAGCUGUCCCAAGCUCACUACUCGGCUGUGGAGAAACAAGGGCCUCACUGUUCCAGAAGCUCAAAGUGCUGUGAUCAAUGUCUCGUUAUUGGAUGCUUCCAACCUCCUCAGCAGAGAACCAGAUUCUGAAAGAGCAUCGUAUAACGUGGUAUUCCUUAUUACAGAGCUACCCACUUAUGGGACCCUGUCUGUCCCCGAUGGACCCGUGGAUAGAAAGCAUCCCUAUUUCCUGCAGUCUGACCUUCUUGCAGGUGGCUUGGAAUAUUCCCACCACGGGUCUGGAACCCUGGAUGAUCAUUUCAGAUUUAGUGCCUGGCUCCGACACAACACUGUGGGAUCUAUUCAACCCCCAGAAAAAGAAAAGGAAUCUGUCAUUUCUGGAAUUUUCAACAUUACAGUGAGUGACAGUAAUGAGAGGUCACCACGGCUGGUCAGCAAAGGACAAAUUCUGCAGGUCCUCCAAGGUUCUUCCAUUGCACUCUCCCAAGAACAGUUGAAUGUCAAGGACCCUGACAGCUCCCCUGAAGAAAUCAAGUAUGACAUCCUCUCUGGGUCACCAGGCGGCUUUGUGAUCAACGUCCAUGAUAAGCAGACGCCUAUAACUCAGUUUACUCAAGCAGACAUCAAUGCGGGACACUUAAUGUUCAUUGCCAAUGGAACUAGCUCUGCUGGAACCAUAGACCUUGCCAUUAGUGAUGGAAACAACCCGAGCAUCUUCACCUCUCUGAAAAUAAUGGUUCUCCCAGCUUUCACUUGGGCAACAGAUCAGACCACUUUGGAGAUACAACAGGGUUUGAACCAGGCCUCAAUCUCCCACAAUCACCUUCUUGGGUCUCUUGACCAACCAGACCAAAAUACACUGUAUAGGCUUAUCAAGGAACCACAAUUUGGCCAGGUCGAGGUCAACCGAAAGACUGUGACAGAAUUUUCACAGAAUCAGGUGGAUGAUGGAGAAGUGACCUUCAGUUUUACAGAGUUUGCCUCCUCUGAAGAUGAAUUCCAGUUCCUUGCCACAUCAGGAGAGGUCAAUAUAUCGGGGGUGGUACAUGUCAUGGUCAAAGCCUUGGUCAAAACUCAGCAAGAGGCUCUUUGGCCAAGAGGAACUACUAUCCAGCUCGAUACCAGCAUUCUUGAUGCAAGUGAGCUGGCCAACAGAACAAAGAGUGUCCCAGAGUUCAAAAUCCUCCAAGCACCCCGAAGCGGCCAGUUUGUGAAUGUCUCCAGUGACCUGAAGAACCAGCCUGUCCCCAUUGAUGCCUUCACCCAGCACGACCUGGAGAGAGGGCUAGUUGCCCUAGAAAUAGGGGAGAUGGCCGACCCUGAGAAAGGUAUCCAGAAAGACAGUUUCCUCUUUGAGUUGGUGGCUGACGGGAUCCCUCCUGCCUCAGAGUCAAUGACCUAUGCCACCGAGGCCUUCAACUCCUCAGCGUCCUACGGAGUGACACUGCUCAAAGCACCCAGUCUCCAUGAGGCCAGCCACAGCCCCACUUCCCAGAGUAUCACUCCAUCUUCCCAGACAUUUAUGACCCGGCCUCAAGAGUCGGAGAAGCCCAGCCAGAAUUCCAGCAAGCCGCGAGUUCUGCCAACAGUCCGAGCAGACCAAGGGCUGCCGACCAGCGCAGCUCCAGCAGAAAAGGGGACGCUGCUAGGUUUCAUUGAAGCCAAUAUGUUCAGCAUCAUCCUUCCUAUCUGCCUCAUCCUCCUUCUCCUGGCUCUGAUCCUCCCCUUGCUUUUCUACCUCCACAAGCGUAACAAGACUGGCAAGCACAAUGUCCAGGGCUCACCCCCCAAAUACAAGAACGGGACGCUGGUGGACCAGGAAACUUUCCGGAAGACAGAGCACAGCCAAGGCUUUCCUCUGAUGAGAGUUGACACACUGGAGGCCAAAGAGGCAGGGCCAAACUCAAAGGGGGCAGGCCCAGGAGGGCAGCAGGAUCCAGAACUGCUUCAGUACUGUAGGACAUCCAACCCGGCCCUGAAAAACAGCCAGUAUUGGGUCUGAGUGCUGGGCCAAGGGACCAAACAGAAGAACUCUCUCUGGGUUGAGCUCCAUGGUCUCUGUGGUUGCCUAAGGGCCUUUUCACCCCUUCCCUCUGCUCUCCUCCUUCCUUUUUGCUGCUCUGUAUAAGAGACAAUACACAGAACGCAAGGAAGUCCCUGCAUUCUCUGGGUUCCUCCAGACCUGCCUUCCUAGAAGAUGUUGGUUCGCCCCAAGGAGAUCCCCUGGAAUGGCACAAGCGAGAACCCAACAAAGCUCUUUAUUUUUGUUCUGAGUAUAGAACAGUAUAGAUGUAUAGAAAAGCUCAGAUUCUUUGCUGAAGGAUCAAAGCUUUCUUCUAAAGAAAGCAAAAGCUAAAGCUCUUGGGGAUGUGACAAUAUGCUUAAAAAUAUGCAGGCCAUGUGAAAUCUUAGAAUCCAAAGGGAAACCAAAUGAGAUGGUUCAGCGCUCAGGGGUGGAGCAUCAGUGCCUUACGUAACUCUUCCCUGCAACUAGAAAAUGCCAAAGCAAAGAUGUGCAAAAAGGGGGAAAUGUAACCAUUGCAGAAUGAGUUGUGCAAAACGAGAAAAAGCGUGGACAUUAAUGUAAUUUAUGCAGAUUGCAGAAUGCUACGUUUUAGAUCUUGCACUGAAGUGAUCAUGGCAUGGCCACAUCUGGUGAUCUUUACCAGCACGUGUGCAGUCCUGAACCUUUGGGUAGCUGAGAAAUGGCCUGACCCUAAAGAUGGAUCAACGUGCCAUUUGGUAGGCAAUUCCGAGAAGCCUGCCAGGAUGUGUGCGGGGAGGGGGGGCAGUUUCCCAGGCAAAUAUUUGCGCAUCUAAAUAAUGAGGCAUCAGGCGCUGCUGGUGAGAGCAGCACAAGGCAUCGGGGUAGUUUGUUUCAACAAGCCAAGCACUGAGCCGUUUGAGAAUGCUUUGGGUCAUUCUGAAUCAUGCGGCCCAACCCACAGCAGGAGUUCUCCAUGCACAGAAAGAUUUCCCCAGAUGUGUCUCCAAGCCUGGAAGAUGAACAGUAACUCACACUGAUUUCCAUGAGGAGCCAAAAGCAACUCUCUAGGGCGAGGCAGUUCCGAAAAGGCACUGGCUGGUGUCUAAGGCUGGGAAAUGGAUCCCCAGCCAGGAAAAACCAAACCCAAACCCUACCCUACUAAGGAAAAAAGAAAGCGUGACAUUACUGAUCCCCCCAUCUCUGUAGAUAUCUUUUGAGCAUUUUGUGAGAUGGGCCAUUGAGAUGUUUGCUCAGAAGUCUAACUGAAUGCAGUGGGGCUUACUCCCAAGUAAGCACAGCUUGGCCCUGCACACUUCAAGAGCUCCGUGGAGAACAGAAUCAAAGGUGAUAGACCUCUCUGUUCACUGCCUCCUCCAGUAAUAAAACUAAGCAGGUCGUGUGACAUCAUCAAUCUCAGAGUCUCCUUUCUAUGUUCAGCGAGUGGAAGCCAAUAAUGUGCCACCGGCUAGGGAAAUGUUGAGCUGCAGAAGGCAUUACUGGGACGAGAAGGUCUUUCUGUUCUGCCACCAUAGUUUUAGUUAGCUCCAUAGCCACCAGCCAACCAGAGGCUGCGGCGUGUCGGUCGAAAUUCCAGGCCACCUGCUGAGUGUUAGCCAGCAUUAAACAAGGCAAGUCCGCAGCCCCUUUACUUCUGAGACAACCAAUCAAUUCAGGCAACAUUCUGACAUAAGGUGGGUUGCCAGGUGAGGUGUCCUAAGGCAAAAGCCCCUGUGAGGGAUUGGUUGAACAACCUGGGUACGUUCAGAGCCUGAAGAAGAGAAGAUUAAGGAGAGCCCAAAGUGGCGUUCAGAUAUCUAAAGGGCUUUCAUGAAGAAGGCACAGCAAAUGUGGCCUCUGCAGAGGGCUGGACGAGAAUCAGUGAGUGGAACUGGCAAGGAAGUGCAUUUCUGUUCAGCCUCGGGAGAAACGUGCUCCUAGCCUUGGGAAGUGGUGAGCUGUCCUUCAGUGGAGGUAUUUAGGGAGAGGUCCUCUGUCAGGGGGUGGUGCAGGUGGUCUGUUGGAUUGAAUGCUGCCCCCGUCCCUUUACUGCUGUGCUUUUUCGUGUCUCCGUGCAUUGUUUUAUUCAAGUUUUAUUUAUGAGUGUAAACUGCCUUGAGUGCCAUUUUCCUGGGUAGAAAGGUGGGCUGCAAAAUAAACACAUCAAUCAAUCAAUCAAUCAAUCAAUCAAUGCAGAUCCUGCACUGAGCAGGGAUUGGACCUCAUGAUCUCCAAAGGUCCUUCCAAAUGAAAGGAUCUACAAUCUGAUCAUUCUAAGGAAACCCAGGGGACUCUUCCUUUCAGUUUAAUUCUUGGUGCUCCGCCAUCUUUUCUACCAGCACGGCCAUCAAUGACGGGCAAGCUGGCUCUGCUCCUCAAACCGGGAAAGCAGAAACACAUUCCUUUCUUUUCCUUCUGCUGCCAGGAAAUCCUCCAGGUCUCAAGAGGUUGUGCUUUGUCUUCCAAGUACAUAUGGAACAUAAAUGACAAUGAACUGCUCCUCUGGGGUAGCAGAAGGUAGAUCUAUUUUGGACUUCAGUUCCCAUAAGCACCUGCCAACAUGGCUAGGGGUCAAGAAUGCUGGGAGUUGAAGUCCAAAGAUCUGUAGCUCCACUCGCUGCCCCAUCUAGAGUAGACCAUGGAUUGUUUUGAGUGCACAGAGAAUACAAUUCCAGGAUAUCUGGGAAAGGACUGGUUUCGGUAGCCAUAACCUUGUAUGUUGUUUAUUUUAAAAAAGAAAAGUCUAUCAAAUGUCGCUUCACACUGAUAGGAUAUUUAUAACAAGUUGACCAACUUUGUAAAGAAUGUUGAAAUAAAGUAGAUUAUUUUUAAACGA